GCAACAGCAGCAGCAGUAGUAGUAGAAGUAGUAGUGACAGUGAUACACUUGGAAAAGUAGUGUUAACUCUGAAGAUACAGACACAGCAGCGACAUGUCGAUGAUCAGUGAUUACGUGGAUUCGAGGUUGAUGAAGCCCGAAGGUUACGAAAAUUACGAAAUCAAACAGGAAGCGGACAGCACGUCACCGUUGCUGACGCCGCCCCAUACGCCCACAUUCAGUCCGCCGCCGCAACUUCAGCAGCAGCAACUCUCAUAUCUUCUACCAAAAACCGCGACCGAACAGUAUUUGUCUUAUCCGUACCAGCAGUACCCGUACAACGCUAUGCUCAUGAACCAGUGGUUGAGGAGCGUCAGCAUGUACCAAGGGGGAAGAGUCGGAGAAGUCAGGAUGCCAGGACGUCCACCGGCGCCUGCAAAAACCACCGCAGGAACCAGACCGAAGAAGCAGUUCAUCUGCAAAUACUGCAACAGACACUUCACCAAGAGCUACAAUCUGCUCAUCCACGAGAGGACGCAUACUGAUGAAAGGCCGUACUCUUGCGAUAUCUGCGGAAAAGCUUUCAGGAGGCAGGACCAUCUGAGAGAUCAUAGAUACAUCCAUAGCAAGGAGAAGCCUUUCAAGUGCACUGAAUGCGGUAAAGGAUUCUGCCAAUCGCGCACUCUCGCUGUCCACAAGAUCUUGCACAUGGAAGAAUCCCCGCAUAAGUGCCCUAUCUGCAGCAGACCCUUCAACCAGAGAUCGAAUCUGAAAACGCACAUGUUGACGCACACGGAAAGAUCGUGGGAUUGCAAUCAGUGCGGACAGUACUUCGCCACUUACGGCGAGUUGAAGGUGCACGAAGCUAACGUUCACAUGGUGCUCUCACCAACGACAUCAACAAUCAGCAACAACGCCGUUCCUCAACAUCUCAGCCCCGUCAAGCAGAGCAGCAGCACGCUGAAAACUGAAAUCGUUGCACCGAAGAAGCUGGGCUUCAGCAUCGAGGACAUCCUCAGGCGAUAAACAAAUUUGCUCGCUACAAUAGUAUUUCGCUCGUACCAAAGAUUGAGAAGAAUUGAAACGGAGGUUCAAUAACCAAAACUUCCGCUUCUUUAAUUCUAUUUAAACACAGUAUUCGUGUUAAUUUCUCAAAAGAAGACUGAACGACAUGAAUGAAAAGAAAACAAAUAAGAGUUACC